GCGCUCUAGGCUGCAGCCAGCUCUUCAAAGAGCUUUUAUCAUCUCGCUGAUUUCUCUUAGAGAGCGGCUACUCUCUCCGCUCAAGUGGCUUCUCUAUGGUUAACUUCUCGCCUUUGUUUCGAAUUUGCUUCGGAUGACACUCGGCUGGGACCCAACGCCUUCCCACAGCUGCCUCAGAGGUUCCUUUUAGGUACAACUCAGAAGCCACAGGAGCUCGGUGAGACCUGUGUUGGCUUAGCUCCGGAAAGCUCGGCGACGAGAACGAUGGCGGAAAUGAGUACGAAGCUGUUGCUGCUCGUCCCGAGUCUUCUGGCUGCUUCCCUAUUUGCUCCCCGAAGGCUCCCCCUGUCCUCCUCCUGGGGCCCAUCAUGAAUGGUGCCCCUUCCCCGGAGGAUGGGGUCUUCCCUUCCCCGCCAGCGCUGCCACCACCCCCUCCCCCAAGUUGGCAAGAGUUCUGUGAGUCCCAUGCGAGGGCUGCUGCCCUGGACCUUGCCCGCCGUUUUCGCCUCUACCUGGCCUCCCACCCCCAGUAUGCGGAGCCGGGAGCAGAGGCCGCCUUUUCGGGCCGUUUUGCUGAGCUCUUCCUGCAGCACUUUGAAGCUGAGGUGGCUCGGGCCUCGGGCUCUCUCUCCCCACCUGUUUUGGCUCCAUUGAGCCCUGGUGUAGAAAUAUCACCACCACACGACCUGCCCCUUGAGAGCUGCAGGGUGGGAGGGCCCCUGGCAGUGUUGGGCCCUUCUCGAUCUUCUGAGGACCUAGCUGGCCCCCUUCCUUCCUCAGUCUCUUCCUCCACAACAUCCUCAAAGCCGAAGCUCAAGAAACGCUUCUCCCUCCGUUCAGUCGGUCGUUCAGUCAGAGGUUCUGUUCGAGGCAUCCUGCAGUGGCGGGGGGCCGUUGACUCUCCCUCCCAAGCUGGGCCUCUGGAGACCACCACAUCAGGCCCUCCAGUUCUAGGUGGAAACAGCAACUCCAACUCCUCUGGUGGUGCUGGGACAGUUGGUAGGGCAUUGGCUAGUGAGGGCACAUCCCCUGGGGAGAGAUGGACUCAUCGCUUUGAGAGGCUGAGGCUGAGUCGUGGAGGGGGGACUUUGAAAGACGGAUCAGGAAUGAUACAGAGAGAAGAGCUGCUGAGUUUCAUGGGGGCUGAAGAGGCUGCCCCUGACCCGGCAGGAGUGGGUCGUGGCGGAGGGGCAGCUGGGCUGACCUCAGGAGGAGGAGGGCAGCCUCAGUGGCAGAAGUGUCGCUUAUUGCUCCGGAGUGAAGGAGAAGGAGGAGGAGGAAGUCGCUUGGAGUUCUUUGUACCACCCAAGGCAUCCCGGCCCCGUCUCAGCAUUCCCUGUUCUACUAUUACUGACGUCCGCACAGCCACAGCCCUGGAGAUGCCUGACAGGGAGAACACGUUUGUGGUGAAGGUAGAAGGCCCUUCAGAGUACAUCCUGGAGACAACUGAUGCACUUCAUGUGAAGGCCUGGGUGUCUGACAUCCAAGAGUGCCUAAGCCCAGGACCCUGUCCUGCUAUCAGCCCCCGUCCCAUGACCCUUCCCCUGGCCCCUGGGACCUCCUUCCUCACAAAGGAUAACACAGACAGCCUGGAGUUGCCCUGCUUGAAUCAUUCAGAGAGUCUGCCUAGCCAGGAUCUGCUUCUGGGACCCAGCGAGAGUAACGACCGCCUGUCGCAGGGAGCUUACGGAGGCCUCUCAGACCGGCCGUCAGCGUCCUUCUCCCCGAGUUCUGCCUCCAUUGCUGCCUCCCACUUUGAUUCAAUGGAACUGCUUCCUCCAGAAUUGCCCCCUCGAAUUCCCAUUGAGGAGGGGCCUCCAGCAGGGACAGUUCAUCCCCUCUCUACCCCCUACCCUCCCCUGGAUACUCCAGAAGCAGCCACAGGGUCCUUCCUGUUCCAAGGGGAGCCAGAGGCGGGCGAGGGGGACCAGCCCCUCUCAGGCUAUCCUUGGUUCCAUGGCAUGCUCUCUCGACUCAAAGCUGCCCAGUUAGUGUUAGAAGGAGGCACUGGCUCCCAUGGUGUCUUCUUGGUACGCCAGAGUGAGACCAGACGUGGCGAAUAUGUCCUCACUUUCAACUUCCAGGGCAAGGCCAAGCACCUGCGUUUGUCACUAAAUGAGGAGGGUCAGUGCCGGGUCCAACAUCUGUGGUUCCAGUCCAUUUUCGAUAUGCUUGAGCACUUCCGGGUGCACCCCAUCCCUCUGGAGUCUGGAGGCUCCAGUGACGUUGUCCUUGUCAGCUAUGUGCCCUCCCAGCGGCAGCAGGAACGGAGCACCUCCCGUGACCCAACCCAGCCCUCUGAACCCCCUCCAUGGACAGAUCCCCCACAUUCUGGGGCAGAAGAGGCGUCGGGGGCGCCAGAAGUGGCGGCAGCCACAGCCUCAGCAACCAAAGAGAGGCAAGAGAAAGAGAAAGCGGGCGGUGGAGGGGUCCAGGAAGAGCUGGUCCCCGUGGCUGAGCUGGUCCCCAUGGUUGAAUUGGAAGAGGCCAUAGCACCAGGCACUGAGGCUCAGGGUGGUGCUGGCUCUAGUGGGGACUUGGAGGUGUCCCUAAUGGUACAGCUCCAGCAGCUACCACUAGGGGGCAACGGAGAAGAAGGGGGUCACCCCCGAGCCAUUAAUAACCAGUACUCAUUUGUGUGAGAUACCUGCCCACCCUCCAUUUUCCUGUUCCCAGCCUUAAGUUGUGAGACUGGGCUGGGUAGGAACACAGAGGAAAGUGGGAGUCCCCUCCCUCCAUGCUUCCUGACCCUUGUCAGCCAAGGGUGUGUAUGUUGGUACAAGUAGAGGUUCAAGAGCCCUGUUAAGUCCCCAGUUACUACACUACAGGUGCCCGUGCUCCAGCCAAGGACCUGGGCUCCGUUACCUCCCUGAGGGGCUCUUAUGGUCAGCCCCAUCCCUGGGGGGUGUUUCCCCACUAAUAACCCCCAACCCAAGCAAGGGUGAGGGGGGAAGGGCUGUCAGUUAUAUUAAGGUUGUUGUUGUUGUUUUAAACAAAAUGGAAAAGCAUAAAUAAAUAAAUAAAUAAAUAAAUAAAUAAAUAAAGGGUUUAUCUCAGUUCCAUCAUAA